AUGAUCGCGUUCAACUCGCUCGCACUACUCUCUCUUGCCGCUGCCGGUACUCUCGCCGCCCCGGCUUGGGGAAGCAGCCAGUGCAUGACGGACGAUCAAGCUAAUGUGGUGGCUGAAAAGUACGGCGAGCUCAUCGCCAGCUACACCGACGAACUCGCCAACGCCAUCCUCACGGAAGACUUCACCGACUACUCAGAGGGUGUGAACACACUCAUCAACACCUGUCCGCAGGGCAGUGCGGCGAUGACUCUUCCGCUGCUUGCCCCCACUUUCACCAGCCGCGAGCAAUUCGAGAUUGGUCAAGGUCAGCAGCCUCAUAUCAACUUCAAGCAGUUGAACCUGUGGAACGCUUGCAGCUCCGUCAUCAUCCGAUGGGAGACGACCAACACCGCCAACAUCACCGAUGUCAAGCCAGUCAUCGGCCUCAUCGUCAUGGACACGGUGAAAGCACCAGCCGGUAGCCAGUACCCAUUCCUCAUCACCCGCGUCUACAGCGAGUUCGACGCCGGCGCUUGGCUCCAAAAUCUCCAGGAAGCUGGAAUCUGCCCCAAGACAGACUGCGGACCUGACGGACCUGCCCCUGGCACUCCAGCUCCUGCACCAGCCGGGACAGAGCCAACCACAACCAGCACCAGGCAACCCUCAGCCGAACCCUGCUCCAGCGCCACAGCAGCCGCACUCUGA